AUGGAGCAGAUAAAACAGUUCUUCGCCACCCAAGGGGAGUUUAAUAAACAACUGGAGCAACGACUGGAAGAGUUAAAACAUCAAACCUCGGGGAAAAGAUCUAAACAAGUUCAGCGCCCUACAAAGGAAUUAACGGUAAGUGAACAAUAUGACUCAUUCAUGUAACGCUUCCUGGGCUUAAUGGCUGUCUGCCAACAUGUUUGCCCUAGCCUAUGACCUGUUCCAUCGAGCAAGCACAAAAUAAAAACAAAAAUCGUGUUGUAUUUAAGCCUUAUCAUCCAUGGAUUUAUUGUCGCGCCACUGGUAUCAUUCAUAGAAAAUUUGACUCCCUCCCCCUAGGGACGAAAAUUUUUGGCGGGAGUUUAUUUUUGCGGAUUGGCGGUUUUUUGUGUUUUUGCGGGAACUAAUUUUUGCGAUUAGAAAACAUUGUUUUUUCCCACUGGGAAUUGAUUUUUUUGCGAGCUUUAAAAAGAACCCAGCAUUCAUAAUAUUUUCAAUUUUGUUAAAUGUUUUUGUUUUAAUAAUAAUAAUAAUCAACUUUAUUAUAUAAACACCAAUGAAAUACCAAGUGAGCUUUUGCGCGAAAGCUUGAUAUCUUCACAUGAGAAAAUAACAUGUUACCUUCACGUGUGAAAAUAUCACCAUUGCUAUGGCUUCAUAAUAAACCACACCUUUCAGACCCAAAAACCAUUUAAGGAAAAUGGUUUGGCAUUUCAUUGGUGUUUAUGUAAUAAAUAGAACAUGACAUGGUUGCUUGGAGACAAAAUUUGUCUUCUCCUGUUGAAAAAAUUAUAUAGAAAUGUAUAAGAUUAUAUAGGAAAGAUCUGAAGGAAAACAAAAAUAAUUUACCUUGAGUUAACAACAACAGCAACAACAAUCUUUAUUGUGCUCUUGAUACAAAAGUGUAAAGACAUUAAAAGGAAAUAAUUGUGAAAAAAAGAGAGCACGGUCACUAAGAAAUAGCAAAAGCUAAUUGUGCCAAGUGGCUGGGCUAUGCGGAAAAGUAACUAGAUAUCAAAUUUGUUUAAAAAACAUCUUGCUGGCUGACUGCUGAAUUUCAAGUUAUCGAGGGUAGAAUUACAGUAAAUAUAGGAAGGAAAUCCAGGGGAAAUCAAUUUGAUUCAAGUUAGUGUGAGGUUCGAGUCAGCAAGGGCUUGAGAUGGGGGCCAAGUGUAAAAUGUUCAAAGUUACUGGUACGAAGGAUUGAUAGUUCUACUUUCUAGUAGUUUGCUGCCUGAAAGUUUGGUUUCGCUUUCUGUUUUUGACACAGUUUGCUUGCUUUAUUGGUUAUUAGCUUAUUGUUCUCUCUGUUUCCCUGACUGUUUCCUUGUUAAUUCAUCUUUUAUAAGGCUCAUGUGAGGGACGUCUAUGGUUCACUGACCAAUGAGCAUGGGGAAGAUGUUAAAUGGGAUCUUUCACAAGAUUAAGUUUAGGUUCUUAUCAUUUUUACUUCUGUUGUUGUUUUUUUUAUAUCAGGUUGCCAGGUCACUGAUUGAGAUGCUUAAGUUAUGCAGUGUUUGUUUUGAGCUUUUUUGUUGUUGGAGCUCAUAAACUAUAUUUAAAAAAAUACAAUGGUUUUUACCAAAAAGCAAACUUCUAUCAUUAUUUUUAAAAGAAAAGCUACCAUGUAUUGUAUACAAACUCUUAAUUUAUUAGGAGUCACAAGUCUUUUUCAUAUGCACCCCCUCAGUAUCAAAAUAAUAAGGGAUUACCUUAAUUUGGGAUCUUACGCACAAAAAGAACCCUCUUUCCAGAAAAAUACUUUGCCUAGCCACUCAGUUCUCACACAAUUUUUGCCAUCGAAUUUAGCUUUAAUCACAGAGAUAACCAGGUUGUACAUGCAGCUAUUAUAGAUGGAGUGCGAAGUACAGAAAUUUCUGCACCAGUAUCGCUCAUAAGAGGUAAGUGUAUUCCUGCAGUGUAAUUACUCAGAUUUGGCUCUGUAGAAUAUAAUAAUUACAGUAGAUCAUAUGUAUUAAUAUGGUGGAAAAUUACAGGAAUCUUUGUCCAACUUGAACCUUGAGUCUUCUGGGGUGGAUCACUCCAGGAUUUUAGCAUAAGGGGUUCAAUGAAAAGGCAAGGCGGCCACCUUGUAGGGGGGUCUGGGGGCAUCCUCCCCUAAAAAAUUUUGAAAUUUCAAGUCCUCAGAAACGUGAUUUCUGCCAUUCUGAGGCGAAGUCAGCUUGUUUGAAUAUCUCAUUUUUUAAAGUGAAAAUGCCAUUCUUUUUGCAUCAAAAUAUCACUGAAAGCAGUGAAACAACGAUGCAUAUUUGCAUUUGUAAAACUAUGAUAAAAAUAUAGUGCAUUAAUUUCGCUAUUUUCAAUUUUGUGUUUCACGAAACAUGGGAUCAACAAGAAGCAUUCUUUGGUAUCUUUCCGCAAAAAAAACUGAACCACAGCAUCGUAGUCAAUGGGCUUUUCGUAAAGAAUGUUCAUCAUAGCCAAGCCUAACAGUCUUUCUGUUGUCAUGGUGGUGUGUAAAUAUCCUUUGACAAGCUUCAAAGCUGCACCUUUUUCUCGCUUGUUGUCAGCUAGAGUGACUGAUAUAGUGCAAGCAAUUCGCAGCAAACAGUUAAUGUUAAGGAAAAUGUCAGUGAAACAAAAGUGUAUUUGUUUUUUUAUGGAGAAAACGUUUUAGCUUUAUUGAGCAGUAGAGGCUUAACUUGGUAAUGAAUACAUUGCAUUUUAGAUUGACCCCCCCCCCCCCCCCCCCCCCCCCCCCAGAUCCGCCACAUUUCUUGGUCCUUUUAAGAAAGGACUUUUUUACUUAUGGUAAUAGCAGUCAAUAAUUUUUAUAUCUGUUUUCCUGAAUGACAGCUGCUAUUAGGACCCAUUUUAAGACCAAGAAGAGGCAGAAAAAAAUCAAACAAGGAAACAAGGAGAAACAGGUCCUGAAAGAGCAGCGAAUCAGGAGCAGAAAGAAUACAGUAAGUACAGUGAAACCUGUAUUAAGCGGACAGUAGCUGAAGUCCCAGAAUGUAUUUCCCUUAUUUGCUUUAAAUGAAACCUUUAUUAAGUGGACACCUCUAUUAAGCGGACGCGGCUCCUAAAAAGUACCUGAAAUGGACAUUUCUAUUGUUACCAACCUGUAUUAAACGGACACUUGUAAUCAAAUGCCACCACCCAACAUGGCAGACACUGGAAAUGCGAAGAUUCAAUUGCCUCGAAUUGCCACCCACAAAUGUUUCUAUUUUUACAUUAAAAAACGUGACUUGACAAACAUAUUUGAUUAGUUUCACAGUACAGUAUUGUUUUCUAUUUCGUUUUGUUUGUAUAGAGCUUUUUUCGUUCAUCUGAUUUCUUCAAAUUUGGGUCGCAGUCUACUGAUCCACUUACAGAUCAACUGAUCCACUUUGAUAAAGAAAUUAAUGCAAACGUAUAUCGUCAAAGUCUCUGAGAGUAUUCUUAACCUUUCCACUGUUCAUUUAAAUGGCAUUUGACACCUCAUCUAUCGAAACCUGUAUUAGGCGGCCACCCUGUAUUAAGCAGACACUACAGCAUUCCCCGAGGGUGUCUGCUUAACACAGGUUUCCCUGUAUACAGUGAAAAGUGGGAAAGUGAAAUCAGUUGAUAGUUUUAGAUUUUAGUUUUAUAUGCACAUUCCAGCAAAUGUAAUGAACAGUGAAAUUUACUGUCUAGGUAGUUUUUUUUUAAAUUUCCGCUAGCUCAGUUUUGUUGAAAUUGUUGUAAAUACCUUUUGAUGGUCUCACUCAUAAAUAAUAAUUUUUGUUUGUUACAGAAACGACUAAAGAGACAAAAGGCACUUGUACAAUCUACAUCCAUUCCGAACGAGGAGAAGAGGAGGUUUCAAUAUUGUAUGAAUGUAGAAUACAUGUCUUCAGAACAUUCUGUCUCUGAAGACAAUGCAGAUGAAGAAAACAGCUCUGAGGAUGAGAAUGUCCCCAAGAAAAAGGUGCUCUGUAGGAGGCCUCUACCUUGGAGGAGCCAAGAACUGAACAACUUUUUUGUAAAGCUGGACCGGGAAGCAAACCGGAAACGGUCGCAAAGAAGUGCCUCAAUGACCAUCCAGAGGAGGGAUGGCUCCCCCUCAGAGAGAGAGGCACCAGACGAUGCCCCUGAAUUUGCUCUGUCGUAA